AUGAGUACAUCCGUCAUGGAGAAGGAGCUGACGUGUUCCAUUUGUACCGACCUCCUAUACGACCCAGUAACAUUCCUUGACUGCUUGCACACGAACUGCGGUUCCUGCGCCAAAGCAUGGUUCCAGUCAUUAAGUAAUAACGCUGCCAAUGCUCCAGUAGCAUCAUCCAGCGCCGCUCCAAACGUCGCGAAAUAUACCUGCCCAGUGUGCCGGGCCACUGUACGGGCUACAAAGCACAACCCUACACUCCAAUCCCUUGUAGAGGACUUUGUCGCAAGGAACCCAGACAAGGACCGCACAAAGGAAGAAAAGGAAGCAGUGCGGAAGAUCUACACUCCUGGAAGUGGGGUUCUUCCUGGCGAAACCUCAAGACAAUUCUCAAGUUCAAGUUUUGUUCCCCCUUCAGCUCCUACCGUUGCGCUUCCACCCCGCCGCCAAGCCUCCACGAAUGCAAACCCUUGGGGUACACCGCCCCCUCGUCCCCAGAAUUCCCGCAUUCAACCUCCUCAUCCCCCUCAGGCCAGAGAGUCAAGGCGGGGAUCGCUCCCGGGAUCAUCGCCCCCGCCGUUUCUUAGUGCGCUGUUCAACACCACGGAGCAAUCAUGCGCCCAUUGCCAGAAACGGAUCGACUUUGCUACACGCUGCUGCUGCGCGCAAUGCAAUAUAUUAACCUGUUGCGCUUGCGCCAGAGAAGGACACUGCUGUCGGGAACCGAAUUCGAACCACUAUCUCAUCGUGCACAGGCUUCGAUUGAACCCUCGGCACAUCCAGACCGGCUGGUUCUGCGACGUCUGCGAGACCUGGUGCGAUAAUAGUGGCAAUGAAACAAACGCCUACUUCUGGGCGUGUGAGAUCUGUGAUAACGGGAGUUGGGUGGUUUGUAGGACAUGCGUAUCCAAAGGCAAUGCCUGCACCCACGAGCUAAAACUAUACUCCAAUCAGCGCCCCCCAACUAGAGGGCCCAUCAGAGGUUCCAUGGGGCAAAAUUACUGGAGUAUAUACACAGACCUCGUUAGGAAUUCGGGAACUACAAAUAUAAGCCUCAAUACGCGACUCAACGCCUUUGGCUACAUUCGCGCCAUGUCAUUGCAGAUACAAUGUGAUAACUGCGUGGAGGCGAUCCCGCCCGACCAUUCUUACCUCCACUGCACCGAAUGCUUGGACGGCCAUUGGGAUAUGUGUAUGAACUGCUGGUACACAAUGACCGAACAACUUGGCGGCAAUGACGAAGAAUCUAGCUUUCCAUGUCGUGCCGGGCACCAAAUGGCCCUACUCACACAGAACGGGGAAUAUGGCACCCAUAGAACAAUUCAAGAUAUCCGCCAUGACCCGCCCGACUAUGUUUCGCGGAGCCCUUUAAGUGAUAACGGGUGGCCAAGAAUGCUGGGCCCAAAAACAGCGGUAGCGAUAAAGGGGCACUGGCCCGAGCCUCAAGAGAGUAAUGUAGGUACAGUCUGGAGACCGGACGCGCCCGGCGAGAGGCCGAGAGACUAUGGCGGACUUUUGGUGUUUCCAGAGAAGGCAGAAAUCACGGAUAUAUGGAUUGAUUCAUAUGUCAACUGCUUCUUAUUUGCGUAUAAGAGUAUGUAUAUGCUCCAAACUUUAGUCCAGGCCAGUGAUGAAAGAAGUAUCAUCUGGCCCGGUUCGGUCCAGGGGAUGCCAGGUAAUGCAGCGGUACUUUAA